CCAGUGCACAAGCUAGCAAGAGUGUAGGAGAGAAAGAGAAAGACUGAAAGGGGGCAGGUUAAUUUUAAUCAUCAACAAGUCUCAUACUGUGUCUAUAACUUUAAUUAUAAUGUAGGUUUUUGCAUAUGUAUCAGUCUGCUCCAUAUGGGAGCUAUUGUAUUUGGGGUCAGACAGUGAGGUAGUACUCUGUGUCUGUGUCUCUGUUACACAGUGAGGUAGUACUCUGUGUCUCUGUUAGACAGUGAGGUAGUACUCUGUGUCUCUGGUAGACAGUGAGGUAGUACUCUGUCUGUGUCUCUGGUAGACAGUGAGGUAGUACUCUGUGUCUCUGGUAGACAGUGAGGUAGUACUCUGUCUGUGUCUCUGGUAGACAGUGAGGUAGUACUCUGUGUCUCUGGUAGACAGUGAGGUAGUACUCUGUCUGUGUCUCUGGUAGACAGUGAGGUAGUACUCUGUGUCUCUGGUAGACAGUGAGGUAGUACUCUGUGUCUCUGGUAGACAGUGAGGUAGUACUCUGUGUCUCUGUCAGACAGUGAGGUAGUACUCUGUGCGUGUGAGCGAGCGUUCAGAGGAGCUCCCGGUGUUGCUGUGAGCAUAUAGAGGCCGCUGUACGGAAUGGCCUCCUCCAGCUCUUCCUCUUCCUCUUCCUCGUACCGCUCUGCACGCUACAGCAGCAGCUCCUUCAGAGCAGGAGGCAGUGAAGGGCAGGCCUCUCUCUUCCAGCCCUAUCUGGACGGCAGCCCCCACAGCCUUUUUGGAGAGGAGCGAGAUGGGACACCCCUGCUGCCCUUCAGCAGACGCCACAGGGAGUCGUUUGGGUAUCCAGGGGGCACGGGGGCAUCUGUGUCAGUACGUCCUGCCAGUAUGGGUGCGGUGCAGGCAGUGGCCGAUUCAUACUUAACGUCGGCGGAUGUGAGUCAGUUCGAGCCUCAGGAUGUGGUGGUAAUGGCCUACGGCCACUGGGUCGUCAUCCAUGCAGAAAAGGUGGCUGAUGAUGGCAGCGUCAGUGACACCUUCACCCACAAGAGCCAGCUCCCGGAGGACAUGGACCCGCUGUCCGUCAGCAGCACCCUGACGCCUGAGGGCGUGCUAGUGGUCAGCGUGAGGAAGACGAGCGGCCUGCCCGAGCCCCCCCGACCUGCCCACCGCUGCGUGGCUCCGCUGUAGGCAGCCCCCCUCCCCCCUCAGAAACCUCAUGGCUGCAAUCACACAUCAAACAACUGUAUUCCACAGCCUGGAAAUCAAGAUGCCAAUGGACUGUACUUUAGCUGCGCAAUAUAAUGAGAGGUAUUAAGCAGCACCACCAUGUGCUGUAGAUGAGCUAUUAUUUUAAAAGGACGGGUAAAUUAUGAUGACUUAAUGUGGUUUUAAAAAAGGCCUGUGGGACACCUCAUGGUUACCCUGUGGUAAUUGUAUAAACACACUGAGUAUGAGUCAGUCAGAUGGACUGGGUUCAUCUAUUUGCCUUUCUUCAUUCCUGUUCACCUGGGUAUCUGAGCACACUAUAAAAGGUCUUGCUGUGGUAGAGUUUUUGUUGCCAAUUACAACUGUGUCCAUUUGCCUAAAUGCAAAAUAAGAAGACAAUAAAUGUGAAAGACCUUGUGUUAUUAUUUGGUUGACAUCCAUUUGUAAUGCCCUGAGUGCUAAGAUAUGUAUUUGUUUCUUCUUUUCAAUAUAAGAUUUACAAUGCAUGUUAAAUAUUUAUUUAGCUAUUUAUUUGCUGAUAUUAAUUGGUACAUUUUGGAAAAUACUAAAUAAUAACAUGAUGAACGAUUCUUAAAAUUAUGAAAUCUCAAGCUAUGUGUAAUGUGUAUGUAUGACUUUCUGAAAAUAAAUAAUAAGAUUGAACAAAUAUAAGAUUUUUGUUUUCUGUUUUAUAUUUAGUUCCCACAGAAAAGUUUGAUGAACUAUUGAUUAUCUGGGCCUGUAUUUGUAAAUUGGCAUACUAUAGAUCUUAAAAUUUAUUUAAACUUACUACAAAUGUAUAGUCAAAAAGAAGGUGAAAGUUCUUCCUGUGUUCCUGGUGGAGAUAUGAGAUUUCAGGAAAUUAUAUUCUUACAGUUUUGACUGCUGCCACAUCAUGUAAGCAACUGUUGGGAGGGUCUCACCCAGAUACGCAUAACGGUCAUUCACAUGAGCUCUCCACAAUGUGGGGUGAAGGCCCAGGAAGCCUCUCAUGUUUCCAUAGCAAUUCUACAGAACAUUUUCAGCAAAGCAAAAAGGCUAAAACAACUGAUUUCACUUACGUACAAAACAUAGUCAGUCAUUUUUAAAUGUUAUCAGUAAGAACUUUAUCACUGGAAAAAAGCUUGAUCUUUUAUAGCAGUCAAUUUUUAUGUGAACUGAGACUGUAUCCAUUUGCUUCCAUGAGUAUUU